CUGAGUCGCAUUAUGCUCUGUAAUUGGAAAACUACCAUUGUUUGCUUCAUAUAAUUUUUCAAAAACAGAUUAAAUUAAUGAGAUUUGACUCAAAGGUCUUGUUACUAGGCAAUUAAAUUAAAAAAAAAUAGAAAUCCGCGGUAAACUGUCGAACGAGUGUAUUUAUUAAUUGUAAUAUUUUGUAAUUUCAAUGGUUGAAGAUUCUUGAAGAUUGAAGAUGAAAAAAACGUAGUCACCAAGUAGUCAAUCAGUGUUGUACCGUAACGAUGAACGUAAUUGAAAGUAUUAAAAAAGAUAAAGCUUACCUCAAAUGUAAGUUAACUGUAAAGAAGUGGGAAAAAUCUUUCAUAAGUUUGCAUUCCCGGACACCAUCAAAAUUCGACAUAAAAGAAGCUCCACCUAAUAUAAAAUAUGCAUAUAAAAAGUAUUUUCAAUUAAAAAGUUCAGCUUUGGAAAAUUCAUUGACUGUUUGUGAAAUAGAUGAUGAGUUUUCUUCAUCCAUUGAACCAUUCGAUGAGAAAGUUGAAUACUCAAUUCAGGAUACUAGUUCGCCGUCGGAUGCCAAAAUUCCAGAAUUACCUAAUGGUGCUGAAAUAGAAAAAUUACUAUCAAACGUUCCACUUUCCUUGAACAUUGAAACACAACGCAAUCAAUCUCUGCCUUGCCUUGAAAAUUUAUCCAAAAAGCUGUUUGUUAACAGAGAAUUUACUCUCAGGAAUCCUAGAAAAAUAGUUUCAGUUAAAAAAAAUGAAACUAAACAAGCUGAUACCAACUUAAAAAAUAUCAGUGGCAAAAUUGUUGAACAUGAUUCAAUUACACAAGUAAAUGAAGAUUUUUUGGAAAAUGAAGUAAAGAAUACUACUAUUAUCAUAAAAAAUGAUGGUGAUAAAAAUAUUGUUGAUGGAACUAAACACAUAAAAAAAAUCACACACAACUACACAACUAGUGAGAGCAUCACCCAAGUUACUAAAACCAAUCCUUUAGAGACACAUUUGCUGGCUAAUCAAAAUAACAUUCUUCAAAACACCAGGCAACUUGAUCAAGCAUGGAUAGAGCGAGCAGUUGGUCCAAGUUCAGUAACAGGCACCUUCUGUAAAGCAACUACAUCUGAAAAGUUUGGCAUCAGAAAUUUAAACACAGUAACCCAAAGUAAUGAUAAAUAUUUAGAUUUUGUAGAAAAUAGUGAUUCUGAAGAUGAAAAUACACUUGAUAAACUAAAGCCAGCCCUUAAGAAAAGAAAAAUUGAAGAAAUUGAACCUGCUGCCAAUGAAGGUGUAAUUGUUUUGGACAGCUUUGAAACCAAAUUAAAAUCAUCAUUCUCUAAAACAAAUAAUUGUGGAAAAAGAAAAAGAUCUGGAGUUUCAAAAAAUGAUAAAAGUAGAGUAAAAGUGUUAUCAAGCAAAUGUAAUGCCACAAAUGAUGACCAGCAGCUUCCAGAUAUAACUGAAUUUGUUAUGUUUAGCUUAGAUAAUGACAUAGUACCUCGUCACACAGAAGUAUCUAACAUAUUAAAAACUGUUAAACCUCCCAAAACAUCAAAUGACAACAACUCAGAGGGCUUUGAUAAUUUGCAGACUAAAAUAAAACUAGGGACUCUAAAUGAUAAUUUUGUAAAAGUUAAUAUUGAAAAAAAAGUUUUUGUCAGAGGGAAGAAAAGUUUUAACUUUUCAAAAUAUAAAAAACAACAAUGGAAAGACAAAAAAGCUUUACAUGCUUCCAUGGAGUUUCCAGAAGCUGGGAAAAUAAAAUGUUUUAAAUGUGGUAAUGCUGGGCAUAUGGCACGAUACUGCACAAUACAUAAAGCUGAAGGUCUACUACCUUUAGAGAACUAUGAUGAAAAUGAAAUGCUUACAUUGGAAGACAUGGAAAAAUUAGCUUAUGGAGAAAAUAGUAAAACUAAAACUUUGACUGAGGAACUAAACAUAGCUUACACUCCAAGCCAAAUUCCUGAAAAUUUCAUAAAAAUGCUAGAAACCAAAGCAGACCCAAAUUGUGGAACUGUUAAACCUUUAUAUCCAAAUUACAAUGAAGUGAAUGAUAAUGAGCUACAAGAAGAUUUAUUAAAAUUUGGGCACAAUCAAUUUCGACCAGGUCAAGAAAAGGCUAUAAAGAGAAUUCUAUGUGGCAUGUCCACACUUUUGAUUUUGUCCACUGGCAGUGGCAAGUCACUAUGUUAUCAAUUACCUGCUUAUAUGUAUAGAAAGAAAUACAAAUGCAUUACAUUAGUAAUAUCGCCACUUGUUUCUCUAAUGGAGGACCAGGUUUUGAAUAUGCCUGAAUUUUUAAAGGCUGGCUGUUUGCAUACUAAUCAACCACCAACACUACGUCAAAAAAAUAUACAAUGUUUAAAGGAUGGAGAAAUAAGUAUUCUUUUGAUAUCUCCAGAAGCUUUAAUAUCUAGUGAUAAUUCUAAUGGACUAACUGGUCUCUUUAGAUCAUUGCCUCAAAUAGCAUUUGCAUGUAUAGAUGAAGCUCACUGUGUUUCUCAGUGGAGUCAUAAUUUCCGACCAAGUUAUUUAAUGAUUUGUCGUGUAUUGAGAGAAAGACUGAAUGUAAAAUGUAUCCUUGGACUGACAGCAACCGCGACACAAACCACCAUAAAAAGCAUCAUAAAGCAUAUUAGUAUACCUGAUGGGACAUCAGGAGUGAUAACUAAUCCAACAUUGCCAGAUAAUCUAUAUUUAACAGUUUCAUUUGAGAAAGAUAGAGACAAAGGCUUAAUAUCAUUUAUAAUGUCAGAAAAGAUAACUACAUUCAAUUCUAUUAUAGUAUAUUGCAUAAGAAGAGAUGAGUGUGAAAGAAUUGCAGCAGUCUUGAGAUCAUGUUUGCAAACUUCUGUUAAAUAUUCUACAGAAAAACUAAAUAAAAAAAGGAAAAGAAUGUCUUAUAUCGCUGAAGCGUAUCAUGCUGGAAUGUCUGCAGCACAGAGAAAAAAAAUUCAAAAAAACUUUAUGGAUGGAACAUUAAGGAUCAUUGUUGCAACUGUUGCUUUUGGAAUGGGAAUUAAUAAAUCAGACAUAAGAUGUAUUAUACAUUAUAACAUGCCAAGUAGCUUUGAAUCUUAUGUACAAGAAGUAGGAAGAGCAGGCCGUGAUGGAAAGCCUGCCUAUUGUCAUAUCUUGAUGAGUAAUAUUAACAAUGAUCAAGAUGAAAUACUGAAACACAUUCAUUCAAAUUCAAUAGAUAGGCCAACUUUAAGAAAGUUACUUCAAAAAUUGUUCAUCCCAUGUGAAUGUUCUGAUAAGAAACAAGAAUGUAAGGGCCAUGAAGUGAGUAUACCUAUAGAUACUGCAGUUGAAGAAUUAGAUUUACCAUCUGAGAACAUUGCAACAUUAUUAUGUUAUGUCGAACUUCAUCCUCAAAAUUACAUAAAGGUUUUAAAUAAUGCAUACACUCUAUGUAAAAUUUCUUCAUAUGGUGGUCCACAAAAAAUAUUGGAAGCAGCUAAAUCUUGUAAACCAUUAGCAGUUGCUAUUUUGGUAGAAAGUAAAAAAGGAUUCAAGUAUGCAGAUAGCAGUGUUCUAGAAUUCAAUGUCAUAGAAAUAUCAUCUGCAAUCGGCUGGGAAAGUGGAAUUGUAAAGUACCAGCUAAAGAAUUUAGAAUGGAAAACAGAAUCUGGAAUACCAAAAAGAUCACAUCUGAAAGUAGAAUUUAACACUUUGGGCUUUAGAAUAAAAGCUCGAGGAGACCUAACCGAAUCAGAACUUGAUGAUGUGUUGGAUGACCUCCAUAAAACUGUUCUUUUUCAAGAGAAAACUAGACUGUUUCAGUUGGAAGAAUGUAAUAAAUCUUUCAAACACCUUGGCAAUAUUGGAGUGGAAGACUUAGAUGGAGAAAAACACCUAGAAAAAUCUAAUGAAUUAAAGAAAAAAAUCUACAGCUACUUUCAGAGAGAAAAUGCAAUACCAGAAGAUAUGAUAUUAGAUGUUCGACCUUUGGACACUGACCUUGUCAUUUCUGAUAUAAGAGCUUUGAUAGCUUUAUAUAAAGAUUGUAAUUUCACUGCAAGAAGUAUAGCCAGAAUAUUUCAAGGAAUUUCCUCGCCAAAUUAUCCAGCAAUUGUUUGGGGACGAUGUAAAUUUUGGCGUUCACAUAUACAUGAAGAUUUUAACAGCUUAGUUAAAUUAGCUACGCAGCAAAUAAUUCAAAUGAAGAUGUAAAAUUUUUACACUUGUUUUAAAUUAAAUGUGACAUUGUAUGAAAAUAAAUUCGUUAUAGAAAAUAAUAAUUAAAUAUUACAUAAUAAGUACAAAUAAAAGUAAUAAAUCAAUAAAUAGUGAAUCAACUCGUUGUCGGAUGAUUUAAGAUUAUUUAUUUUAAAAUACAAAUAGAAUAGUAAGAAUAAAACAAUUUACUUAUAAUCACUUAAUGUAUUUGAUAUACGUCCCGCUUAUGUUCGAAAUCAUUAGGGGAGCAUACUACUAUUACACGGACGAACAGUGGGAAGAUUAUCGGGGUCGCCGGUCUUUUAAAAGUUCAAAAUUCAAUUGCUUUAAAAUAACGGCUAUAAAACGGGCGACUUGGCAGAUAGGACUUACCGUAACCGCGCCUUCUUGGGGUUAGUCGCGUGUCUGUGUGCUAACGGCAAACGUAGGAGCGCUAUACCAACUCCAUACAAAUUUAAGCAAACUUUUACCCGAUCGAGAAGUAAAAAAACUCGCACUAAGCAAACUGGUCGCAAGUUUGACUGCGGUAACCCCAUACCGCGCCCGGGGGGAUCGGACGCUUGGGCGAGGGUGCAGGAGAUCGUUUAGAGGGUAGAGCCCUAAAUACCAUCCUUGGGUCCGCGGUCUGCUCCCAACAUCUGUAGAUCAUUCAGCCCCACAUACUCCACGCAGCAGCAACGGUAGGUAACAAUGUCGCACAAACGUCACAACAUUAAU